UGGUUUGAUGUGAUGAUGUAUCUCCACAGUGUUAUACUCAUAGCAAUUACUUCACUUUCAUUCGCAGCUGACACGAAUAUUACCUGGUGUACAAUCUCAACAGCAGAGUUAUCAAAAUGCAAUGAUUUGAAGGCUGCAAUGUCAGAUCAUUACCCCAAUUUCAGAUGUAUUAAAGAAGACUCGGCCUCAGCUUGUUUGACUGCUAUCAAGACUGGAAAAGCAGACGCCGUGACUGUGGAUGGGGGAGAUAUAUAUGAGGGAGGUCUUUUGCCUGAGCCAAAGCUUAAGCCAAUCGCAGCUGAAAAGACUGAAGGGGAAUCCUGUUACUACGCUGUCGCAGUGGUAAAGCCAGGAAGCAACUUUCAGUUCAAAGAUCUAAAAGGCAAAAAAUCCUGCCACACUGGCCUUGGUAAAUCUGCUGGCUGGUAUAUUCCAACAGGAACAAUUUUGAAAUACAACCUAACAUCUUGGAAUGGAGUUGACCCCAUUGAAGAAGUUGUGGGAGAUUUCUUCUCCUCCAGCUGUGUUCCAGGUGCUAAGGCGACUUUCCCUAAGCUCUGUGCUCUGUGUAAAGGGACAGCUGAGAACCACUGCAAGCGAUCGCAUGAAGAACCUUACUACGAUUAUUCAGGAGCAUUCCUAUGUUUAAAGGAAGGUGCUGGAGAUGUUGCCUUUGUGAAACACACUACAGUGCCAAAUGCUGAGAAGGAUCACUAUGAGCUCCUGUGUGUCAAUGGCACCAGAAAGCCCAUUGGAGCUUACAAUGAAUGUCACUGGGCUAAAGUGCCCGCUCACGCAGUGCUGGCAAGAGGUGGUGCUGCGGACGAAGCAAAGAAUGAGGCCAUCUGGGGAUUCCUUUCGCUUGCUCAGGAUUUAUAUGGGAAGAAAAAUAAUUCAACAUUCAGCCUCUUCGGCUCCAAAAUAAAAGGACACAAAGAUUUAUUGUUCAAGGACUCAACGAAGAGUCUGAUUCGCCUUCCGUGUGGAAUGGAUCACCUGCUUUACCUUGGCAGUGAAUAUGCAGAUAUUAUACGGAUUCUGAAAAGCAAUGGCAGCAGUUUUUUGAAUCCUGAAAAGAUCCGGUGGUGCACCAUUGGCGAUCUUGAAUUUCAGAAAUGUAGCAGCUGGGAGGCAGUAAGUUGUGUUAAAGCCAAAAGUACUGAAGACUGCAUCAGAAAGAUUAAGUUUGGAGAUGCUGAUGCAGUAAAUCUCGAUGGAGGAGAAGUCUACAUUGGCGGAAAAUGUGGCCUUGUUCCAGUUAUGGCAGAGUAUUAUGACGAAACUAAUCCUGAUUCAUGCAAACCCUCCUCUGUAAUCACUAGGCAAUCCUCUUACUAUGCUGUGGCUGUCGUGAAAGAUCCAAGCCUGACCUGGAGCCAGCUGAAGGGGAAGAAGUCCUGUCACACGGCUGUUGGCCGCACUGCAGGGUGGAACAUUCCCAUGGGAACAUUGAUUGAUGAGGGAAAAAUCAAUGCGUGUGAGAUUUAUAAUUCUACAUUUUUCAACAAGAGUUGCGCCCCUGGAGCAGAUGCUUCCCUGCAUCCUAACCUGUGCUCCCUGUGCAUCGGCAGUGAAAAGUCAACAGACAAGUGUGAAGCCAAUACCAACGAGAGGUACUUAGGCUACAGUGGAGCCUUCAGGUGCCUGGUUGAAAAGGGUGAUGUGGCUUUCAUUAGGCACACCACUGUGUCUGAGAACACUGAUGGGAAUGGAAUGUUGGACUGGAACCGCAACUUGACUUCUGAUAAUUAUUAUCUGUUGUGCAAAAAUGGGACCACAACUUCAGUUGAUCAGUUCCUGAACUGUAACUUAGCGGAAGCCCCAGCACAUGCUGUUAUGACACGACCAGAUAAGAGGGAUGCGUUGCUCAAACUGCUGAAAGGUGAACAGCUGAAACACGGCCGUAAUGGAACCAUGCAAGACACCUUUCAGAUGUUCAGUUCAGGCUCAUUUUCAGGGAAGGAUCUCCUUUUUAAGGAUUCAACUCAAUGCCUCAUUGAAGUUCAAAGUGAUUACAGAAGAUUUCUGACUGAAAAUUAUAUCAAAAUAUUGGAAGCAGUUCAUGCUUGUGAACCUCCUGGUUUCCACCAUGCAUCCCUUGUAGCCGAUAUACGUUGUUCCAUAUUCACAGGGAAUCCUCCUUUGAACACGCCUGCCAGCAUGAGGUUGUUCUUCACAGUACUGCUCUCAGGAAUUAUUUGUGCAGCCAGUGUUUCCCCUAUUAUGCGGCUGCGUUGGUGUACAACCUCUGAUCUUGAACAAAGUAAGUGCAACAACUGGACAUCUGUUGAUUGCGUCCAAGCUACUAGCAUGGAAGAUUGCGUCUGGAAGAUUAAGAUGGAAGAAGCUGAUGCUGCUAUUCUUCAUAGUUCGGUACUGAUGGCUGCAGGGAAGUGUGGGCUGGUGCCAGUUAUGACUGAAUAUUACAACAAAGAAAAUCUUGAACCGUGCCAUGAUCCAACAGCCCUUACAGAACCAUAUGUGUAUAUAGUAGCUGUUGCGAAGGAUAAGACUUUGACCUGGGAUAGCCUGAGGGGCAAGAAGUCAUGCCAUACUGCCAUGCACCGAACUGGUUGGAUGAUCCCAAUGGGCCUCCUAAUUGCACAGGGAAAAAUUGAAAACUGCACCAUUUACAACUCAACAUAUUUCAGUGAAAGCUGUGCCCCAGGGGGAGAUCCUGAGUCUAAACUAUGCUCGUUGUGUGCUGGUCGGGCCAGUUCAACUGACCCAGGAAGAGACAAGUGUGCCUUCGGCCCUAAUGAACAAUACUUCGGUUACAAAGGUGCCUUCAGAUGCCUGACUGAGAAGGGUGAUGUCACUUUCAUCAAAGAUACAACUGUCUUUGAGAACACUGAUGGCAAUUUGCAGGAGGAUUGGGCCAAAGGUCUCAAGUCCAGGGAUUACAGACUUCUGUGCCUAAAUGGCUCCCAGGCUGCUGUGACAGAUUACAAGACAUGUCACUUGGCUCAAGUACCUGCUCCAACUGUUGUAUCCCGAAGAGAUAUGAAGGAUCAAGUCUUGAGUUUUUUAAAAGAGGAGCAAAGGAAAUACGGCCGCAAUGGGACAGAGAAAGCGAGGUUCUCAAUGUUCAGUACAAACAAGUUAAAUCCUUGGGGUGUUCUGUUUGCAUCCAGCACCCAGUGUCUGGUUGAAGUGAUGGCCACAAGUUGUAGAGAAUUCUUGGGUGAAGGAUAUGUCAGAGCAAUGGAAGGCCUCCACAGAUGCGUCCCUCCAGAUGGUCCUGCAGCUUCUUGUUUUCACCUGUAACUAGGCCAUGGUCAAACCUCAUUUGGUUCCCUGCUUGAGACCUACUGGCUUCUGGAAGAUGGGCUAAUGUUCUCCAUUUGCAGCACACCAAUGACCAAACAAUUUCCAGCUGAAUUGUUUUAAAGUCCAUUAGCACAAUGUAGCAUGAUCUCAUUCUGUCACUGUAACAAUAAAUAAACUCCAUUAGUAAUAUCA